UGACGUAACUCGAGUCUUGCGGGCUCGGGACAGCGAGGGCGCGCUCGCUUGGAAGCACCCGAGAGAGGGAGGGAUCCAGGGGAGUGACUUGUCCACGGGCCGGCGGUCCGACCAACCGCACUACCACCGCCUUCCACGUCGUGUCCUGCCCUGUUUGUUGGAAUUACACGAUUGCUUUCAAUUCUAAAGCGGCCCGGGGCAAGUGGGGACUGGUCUAAACUAUGGCCGUCGCGCGCCGGAACUUGCUGUGACGACAGGAAGUGGUCUGCAAAUGGCAGCGCGUUUUUUUAAAACGUCUGCGUCGGCUUGGCCGCUAGAACAACAGGCCUGACAGGUGUUUGCAGGGAAAGUGAUGGAUUAUGAACAAUGUGACGCGCCCCCUGCUGACAACUCCAUCAAAAGAGGAGCAGUGUCCAAGAAGACUCAUUUGACUCAGAUUGAAGUUAUCCCUUGCAAGAUCUGCGGUGAUAAAUCCUCCGGAGUUCAUUAUGGAGUCAUUACAUGUGAAGGCUGCAAGGGAUUUUUCCGGCGUAGCCAGCUGCCCACGGUGUCCUACUCCUGUUCCAGGCAGAGUAACUGUACCAUCGACCGGUCCAGCCGCAAUCGCUGUCAACACUGCCGUCUGCAGAAGUGCUUGGCCCUGGGCAUGAGCAAAGACGCUGUGAAGUUUGGUCGGAUGUCCAAGCACCAGCGGGACGCACUCAUCGCUGAGGUUGAGCGUCACAGACUACAGCAGCAGCAGCAGCAGCAACAGCAGCUGCAAGUGGACGCCCACUCAGGCUUGUCCUACCACACCAAGGAGCGCCAAGACUGUUCCCCACAGCUUCUUCAGCCCAUGACUUCAGCCUACACCUACUCGGGCGAUUCUGAGCCGUUGUCUUUCAGUCCUGAUGUUCACCCCUACGUACUGUACUCCCCCAACCAGCCGCAAGUGUCCGAUAUGAUCUACAGAAGCUCCGGCGUCUCGCCCUCAUCCAGAGCCCACCCGAGGGUAGACACCAGUGGACACGCUGAUUUGAGAGGAUUGGAAUCCAGACCGUCCUCACAUGACCCAAUGGCAAUUCAUCCCUAUAAUCCACCCGAGGAUCCUCGCGGGCCCUAUCCUCACUCUCUGCGCAAUAUAGAUGAGCUGUGCGACAGCAUCGUGCGCUCCAACAAAGACACCUGCCAGUACCGAGCAGAGGAGCUGCAGGCGCUCAAGUGGAAAAUGUUCAGCAGGGAGGAGAUCCAAGCCUACCAGAGCAAAUCAGUGGAUGAGAUGUGGCAGCACUGUGCCAUCCGGCUGACCGAUGCCGUGCAGUACGUUGUGGAGUUCGCAAAACACAUCCCUGGAUUCCGUUUCCUCAGUCAGAACGACCAGAUCGCCCUUCUCAAAACCGGUUCUUUGGAGGUUGUUCUGGUGAGGAUGAGCCGCUUCUUCAACACAGAGAACAACACCGUCUUCUUUGAUGGCAAAUUUGCAGGAACUGAAGUCUUCAAGUCUUUGGCAUGUGGCGACUUAAUAACCGCGGUGUUCGACUUUGCUCACAGCGUGUGUGCUUUAAGGCUCACCGAUCAGCAGGUGGCUCUCUUCAGUGCUCUGGUCUUGAUCAAUGCAGAUCGUCCAUGUCUGGAAGACAGAGGAAGGGUGCAGCGAGUGCAAAGAAGUGUGGUGUUGGGUCUCACGCACAUUCUACACAAAGACAACCGGGACAGUCUAAUGCACAAGCUGUACCAGAGGAUGUCCGUGUUACGUUCACUCUGCAGUCUACAUAUGGAGAAGCUGCGCUGGUUCAGUCAGCGCUACCCGCUCACCGCCAACUCUCUUUUCCCGCCGCUCUACAAAGAGCUGUUUGCUUCAGAGGCAGAAUUGAUGCUGCUGCCGGGAAUCACACACUGAUGACACUCAAGAGAGUGCGCACACACGUACACACACACACACACACACACACAUACACACACACACACACACAGUUUUUGUGAGAUCCAAUACAAUAUUACUGGAUCAUGAACUAUGCAAAUAUAGUACAUGUGGCUCAGGUUACAACCUGGGUCGGUCGACAGUCAAUUGCAGGGCAGGUAUAAAAAAAAUAGCCAUUCACACUCACAUUCACAUCUUUGAACAAUUUUGGGUCUUUAAUUAACAUAACACACAUGUUUUAGGAAGUAGGGGGAUGCUGGAUUAAGCUCGACAAAACCCACACAAGCACGGCAAGAACGUCGCACAGGAAGGCCGGAGCCAGAAUUUGAACACCUCAGAACUGUGAGGCGCACGCGCUAACCACAGGCUGCUCUCAGUCUUUCAUAUUUCUGCAAAAAGUGUCCGGCGGUCCUGUUUUCUGAAAUUCCCUUUAUAGCAUUAUUUUUAAAAUAGAAAUGACGGACAUAUGAUUUAAUUUAGCUUUUUAAUAGCCGCUCAGCAAAGGAAAAUCAUGCAAAUGCAGUGAAGAGUCUUGGACUUCCGCUAACAUCCCAGGCGAAACUGAGCUCCUCCUUGACAAAGUUAAGUCAGAAUGUAUCACUCAAACAUUACAUACUAGUUGCUACUUUCCUAUUAGCUAGAGCAUUGGCAGCCUUUUUGGCAUUUUAAGACAUCACAGAAAGAGCAGAAAAACAGCAAAUAAGGAUAUAUCGUAUUUUUUCAACUUUAUAACAGAGAAAAUUAAAUCCGCUGAUAUUUUUGCCAUUUUUGGGGGGGGGGGGUUACCGUAUAUACACAUUCCUGAUCAAAAAAAAAAACUCAAAAAGUGUCAAUAAAAUCUGAGCAUUACUAUCAUUUUGGUUCAGGCAGAAGGAGUGAAAUGUAUUGGAUCGCAUACGUUUGUCUGGGUGUAUAUUUUUGUGACAGAAUCUAUUUUUAUAUUGUGGAAUCAUAGGAGUCGCCACAACUUGAAAGAACACAUCACUCAGAUAAUUCUGUAUUUUGAUAGCUGAACUAUUUUUGAAUUAUUCCUGAAUUUCAUUCUUUGGAAUGUUAUUUCUGAAGAUGUACAUUAUGUUAUAAGACUGUGUCAGCUUGCAGUGUGACGUGAUCCAGUUGCAACCCUCAUUGUUUCCCUCUCUGUAGGGCUUUGGUAAACUUGACUAGAUACUAUUUUUUUAUCUUACAGCCUACAGAACUUCCAUCACAUUCACUCAGCAUAUUCAACAGGGUGCUCAGAAUGUUGUGAAGCAGAAUGAUUAUUACAAACGUGUCACGUGAACUCGAACUGAACGUUUAUUGUGUUGAAAACAAAGCUUCGGCUUCUAUUGCUUGUGGCAUUAAUUGUAGAAUAAUACAGCAAUUUAUCAUGCAUAAGGUUAAGAUUAAAGUCUGUCAACAUGAAGUGAGUAAAAUGCUGACACUGCAAGCGCAAGGAAAUGUGUCAACCACUUCUCUAUUUUGAAGGUUUGGAAAUAAAAAUGUUGGAAAUGUUGAUCCAAGGGCGACUCCAUGCUCUUACGGCACUUGAAGACAGAUAUGCUGUAUUGGUUGGCAUCUUAGCUCUGACUAUCACAGACUUGGCAUUGCAUUGAACAAAAGCUGUACUGGAAGUGGUCUCUGCAAAUGUUGUCAUGUAGACAAAACAAAGGCCGCCAGAGCAAUUGAAAGUUAGAUGAAAAAAAAAAAUGGCGAUGAGUCAGGAGGAUAUGAUUAAGAAGAGCCUGACACAUCGCACAGCUGCUUUUUAUCUGCAAUAAGCAUUUUUUUUUUAUUGUGGUGUUACUUUGGCAACUAAUACAGCUUAGCACAGAUAGCACAGAGGAAUUCUCUUUUAAAAUGUCAUUCAAUGGGCUUUAUUGAUUUACUUUUUUAUGCUCCUUCUGUGGAAAUGUUUUUGUUGAGAAUUUGUGUUGUAAUGAACAGUGCAAAUAAAUCCUUACAAUUAAAU